AUGCAGCAGCAGCAGCAACAGCAGCAGCAGCAACAACAGCAGCAGCUGCUGCAGAAGCAGAAACAACAGCAGCUGCAGCAGCAGCAGCAGCAGCAGCAGCAAACAAUGGCUUCCCCAGUGCGCUGUAGAGCGCAGCCACACAACACCACCAAUGACAGCAGCAGCAGCAGCAGCAGCAGCAGCAGCAGCAACAGCAGCAGCAGCAGCAGCAGCAGCAGGGACGCGUUUCAGGAGCCGUCAAUAUGUAUUGAAGCGCCUCCCCUCCUCCGUCGUAUCAUCCAACAAGACCAGCAGCAGCAGCAGCAGCAGCAGCAGCAGGAGCCGCUGCUGCUGCAGCUGCCUGCUGCUUGGGCCUCCGGUGUUUCCUUUGGGGUGGAGGUGCUGCAGUGGCUGGCGCUGCCGCAGCAGCUGCAGCAGCAGCAGCAGCGAGCAGCAGCAGCAACAGCAGCAGCACCUGCAGCAGCAGCAGCAGCAGAUGCAGCAGAAGCAACAGGUGAUCCAGCUGCUGCUGCAGCAGCAGCAGCAGCAGCAGCAGCAGCCGAUGUCUACACCCAGCAGCAGCAGCAGCAGCAGCAGCAGAAGCAUGGCGUUUUAGGAGCAGCAAGUUGGUCUCCUGUUGCAGCAGCAGCAGCAGAAGCAGCAGCAGCAGCAGAAGCAGCAGCAGCAGCAGAGAAGGGUAAGGAUGAGCGUCAGCAGCACGAAGAGCAGCUGCAGCAGCUGCUGCAGCAGCAGCAGCAGGAAAGAUAUCUAUGGGCCCCCCCAGUAGCUGAGUAUGGAGACAGCUGGGAGUUUAUAACAAACCCUCAGGCUGUACAAACAGCAUAUUGCUGCUCUGCUGCUGCUGCUGCUGCUGCUGCUGCUGCUGCUGCUGCUGAGAACAGCAGCAGCAGCAGCAGCAGCAGCAGCAGCAGCAAGUGCGAGCUGCGGUGCGUACGGCAGGUGAAUAUGUUGUGUGCUGCUCUUCCCGAGGCAGCAGCAGCAGAGAAGGUUGGUGCUGCUGCUGCAGCAGCAGCAGCAACAGCAGCAGCUGCUGCUGGUGCUGCUUCAAGCGUCUGCCCGCCGGCAGCAGCAGCAGCAGCAGCAGAAGCAGCAGCAGCAGCAGCAGGACCCAUGGCUGGCUGCUGCUCUCCCCUCUCCCCCGAACCAGAAGCAGCAGACAAUAUGCUGCGCUGCUGGGAGCAGCGGUAUUUCCGCAGACAAGAAGCAGAGCUCAAGCAGCAGCAGCAGCAGCAGCAGCAGCAGCAGCAGCAGCAGAGAGCGCUGCCGCCUCUCCCUCUCUCUCAUGCUGGGGUCUUGAGCUUCCUACCCCCCCUCUGCAACUGCGGCAACAAAACUCUAUACCAGCAAUGGCAGCAGCAGCAGCAGCAGCAACAGCAGCAGCAGCAGCAGCAGCAGCAGCAGCAGAUGAUUGGGGGCCCCGAGUCUGGUGCUGCAGCAGGACCAACAGCAGCAGCAGCAGCAGCAACAGAAGCAGCAGCAGCUCCUUCUGCUACCAAUGAAAGCAGCAGCAGCAGCAGCAGCAGCAGCAGCAGUUCUUCCCUCCCUGACACCGCAGCAACCAGCCCCAUCAACAGCAGCAGCAGCAGCAGCAGCAGCAGCAGCAGCAGCAGCAGCAAGCUGCCUCGUGUGUGCCCGCACCGCGGGUGUAAGGGUUUAUUGUAUUUGCCUUUCUCUAUAAUAGAGGUCCCCCUAUCAAGGGGGAGAGAUACGCUGCAGCAGCUAGCAGCAGACAUCGCCAGCUGCUGCUGCUGCAGCAGCAGCUGCAGCAGCAGCAGCAGCAGCAGCAGCAGCAGUAUUGAUAUAUAUCUCGGAGCUCUGCGUAAUACUGCUGUUAUUGUCUGCAGCAGCAAGCAGCAGGAGGCCUGCUGCUGGCGUUCUUUGGGGGCCCUAAACAUGCGUGCUGCUGCUGCUGUCUUUGAUGUUAUACCUGAGCCUUUCUCCCCCUUUGCUGCUGCUGCUGCUGCUGCUGCUGCUGCUGGGGGUGCUGCUGCUGGGGGUGCUGCUGCUGCUGCUGGGGGUGCUGCUGCUGGGGGGGCGGCUGCUGCUACGGAGAGGGAGGAGGAAGGAGACGGUGAUGCAGCAGCAGCAGCAGCGAAUUCUGCUGCUGCUGCUGCUGCUGCUGCUGCUGCUGAUGCAGUUGGUAGAGAGGAUGCGGUGCUGCAGGAGCUGCUGCAGAAGCUGCAGCAGCAGCAGGAAGAUCAAUCGCAGCAGCAGCAGCAGCAGCAGCAACAGCAGCAACGUAGCAGCAGCAGCACAUGCAGCAACAGCGGAAACAACAGCAGCAACAGCAGUCUUGUUAGCGGCAGCAGCAACAAAACCAGCAGCAGCAGCAGCAGCAGCAGCAGCAGCAAAGGUAUUCCCUUCUCUAGUAAGAGGCGUCCAUACACCGUAAAGCUGCGGGGUGUGGGGACUCUCAAGCGGCAGCAGAAGCAGCAGCAGCAGCAGCAGCAGCAGCAGAAGCAGCAGCAGAAGCAGCAGCAGCAGCAGCAGCAGCAGCAGCAGCAGCAGCAAGAGGAGAUGAGUUGCUGCAGCAGCGACAGCACUUCCAGCUCUGACGCAGAAGAGGAGACAAACGCCAGCUUCUUGCUGCUGGAGGCUGCUGCUGCUGCCUUUGGCCUCAUAGAAAACAAACAGCAGCAGCAGCAGCAGCAGCAGCAGCAGCAGCAGCAACUGCAGCAGAAGCGGAACCGUCUGAAGCGAGCGCUGCAGCAGCCGCUCACGGAGGAGGCGGUGCUGCAGCUGGCUGAGGAUCUAUUUGACUGCAGCAGCAGCAGCAGCAGCAGCAGCAGCAGCAGCAGCAGCAGCAGCAGCAGCGGCAGCGGCAUAAGCACCAGCAACAUCAGCAGCAGCAGCAGCAGCAGCAUCAGCAGCAUGAGUAGCAGCAGCAAGAAGUCCAGGGUGCCUGCUAGCUGCGGCGACAGCGCCGACACCAGCAGCAGCAGCAGCAGCAACAGCAGCAGCAGCAGCAGCAGCAGCAGCAGCAGCAGCAGGUCGUUGCUGUUGACGGAUGACCCCGUAAUAAAUAAAUAUAAACAAUCGUUGGGUUUCGUUUGGGGGGAGGCAGAAGAGGAGGAGCUGCAGCGCUUGCUGCAGCUGCAUCAGCAGUAUCAGCAGCAGCAGCAGCAGCAGCAGCAGCAGCAGGAACAGCAGCAGCAGCAGCAGCAGCAGCAGCUGCAGAGGGAGGGACAGCAGCAGCGGAUAAAACAGCCAGGCUAG